AUGAAAUACUCUGUCGCUCUCUUUCUUCUCUCUGCUGUUGGAGUUACUGCGCAGGCAGCAAACUGUGGCCAAGUCGAUGCAUGCCUCAAAGCAGGACCCAACCCUGCUGCCUGCUAUGACAAUGAGCGAUGUCUCUGUGGGACUCACAAAGAAAUCAACCUCUGUUAUCUCCACUGCGAUAGCGACCCUAAAGCCAAAUCUGCUCAGGCCGACGUGGAUAAAUAUUGCGCAGUGUUGAGAAAGCGACGUUCCAAGCCCUUGUAG